AUGAAUACUCUACAAGAGUUAAAACAAAGAGUGUCUACAGAACCAUUCAACUUAUCUUAUCAUGAUGAAUUGAUUGAUGUUUUGAGAUUGAAUAGGAAAUUGGAGUGUCAGGCUCUUUUUCUGGCCAGAUUGAAUAAGCAUAAAUACUUUUUAAUCGACCAAACUGAUAUCAAUGCCAUCAUAGAAGAAUUGUUAACAAUUGAAGAUCUGACCCUUCGAAAUCAAUUAUUAGAUGAGUUUUAUGAUUAUUUACUUAAAGAGCUUCCUACAGUUGAAUUCUGGUUGAAAUAUCUCGAGUUUUGCCUCAAAACUAAAGAUAUCGAUGAUAUUCAGAUCACUUUUAUUAAAGCUUUGAAUGAUACUGUUCAUGAUUUUGCCCAUAGUAACUUGAUUUGGGAGAAAGUGCUUGCAUUCUUUGCUCAGAUGUAUGAAAAGUCCGGAGACGAAGACGAUUUAGAACGAUUAUGGAAACUUUAUAUCAAAAGAAUCAGUUUCCCUCAUAAAACCUUGGAUGAAUCCUUUAGUGAAACUUCCAAAUUUGUCACCAACCAUUUCCAAGACAACUAUGAUCAAUAUAUGUCAGCAGCUCAAAAGAUUUAUAGUGAUACCAAUAAAAAACAAGAAUAUUAUCAGAUUCAUGAAUGGAACAUAAAUAAAGAUCCCACUAAUGGCUUACUAUGGUCUAACUAUAUAACUGAAAUCAGUCGAUAUGCUACAUCACCAAAACAAGUGUCAAUAAUAUUCUAUCGAUCAUUACUUUCAGGCGAUAAUUCUUGGGUAUCGGUGUGGAUAACGUAUAUCUAUAAUUUAUAUACCACUGGAAAUGAUGUUACUGAAGUUUUACCCAAAUUCGUUAAAGCUUUUCCCAAUUCUUGUAUUUCCUAUGCCGAAAUGAUCAGGAAUAUCAGCUUGUUUCCACAAGAAUAUGAACUACUCAGGGAAAGAAUCGAAUACUUGGAUUUGAUGAGACAAAAUUCUUAUGAUGACUGGAAAGUUCUUGCAUUGGCUAUAUUAUCCCACGGAAAAUCUUCUGAUAACAUUCACAAAGAUAUAGAAACAUUUUUCACCUUUGCAAUUGAAGAAAAUAUGGAUAUUUUCCAUUCAGUAGAAAAGUUAACAAUUUCCAUUCUUGAAUUUCGAGAUGAAAUCCAAUUGGCCGUCCAAUAUUUGAAGAGAUUAUUGAACAAAUUCAUCGAUCUGACUGAAUUAUGGGUUUUCACCUUCGAAUUUUACAAACGUCAUGGCUUCCCUUAUGAGGAUAUUUCUCAAUUGUUUGAAUGGGCUGUAGAGUCAGCCAAUGUAUUGGACUGGCCUGAAAGAUUAAUUCAAGAACAAUUGGGAUAUGAGCAGGUCUAUGGUACUCCAGAAUCUUAUAGAAAAGCAUUGGUCAAGGCAGACAAAACCAUUAGAACCAUACUUGAAAAUAAGGUCGAGGAAGAAUCUAAGAAAAGACCUUUAGAAGAUGAUUUCCAACCCAAUAAGAGAACCAAAGUCGAACCAACACGAAACAGAGAACAAUUGAAAGUCAAAGUGACGGGUUUAACAUCUAAGAUCACUGAAAAAAAAUUGGUGAAUUUCUUCAAAGAUUGUGGAGAUAUCAACGAUAUCAUUAUUUUCACUAAAGAUGAUGAAUAUCAGUCGGUUAUAGAAUUUGAUUCUGAACAAGCAGUAUUUGCAGCCUUAACAAAGACUUUCAAGGCUAUAGACGAAAGCAAGGUAACUGUCAAAAGGUUGAUGAACUGUAUUAUUUGGACUACUAAUUUCCCACCUUCCAUGGAUGAAAGUAAGUUGAAGGAAUUAUUCCAACAAUGUGGUAAGAUUUUAAGUGUCAGGUUCCCAAUACAGACCACCAAAAAAGUUAGGAGGUUCUGUUAUGUUGAAUUUGAUGAACCUGAGCUGGCUCAGGUAGCUCUCCAUCUCAAUGGAAAACAACUCACUGAUGAUUUAGAUGGAAAGACUUACAAAUUGAUCGUUAAAUUAUCUGACACUGAUAGUAAAGAUAAGAAACAAAACAUAGCAAAAAGAGAGAUUCAUAUCUCCAAUGUUGAUUUCAAAGUUAACGAAGAUAAGAUUAAGCAAUUUUUCGAACAAUUUGGUACUAUUGAAAGUAUAACCCUCCCAUUAACUCAAGAAAUGAGAUCAAAAGGAUUUAACAACGGAGGUUAUGGAUUUAUAGUGUUCAAAUCUGAAACUUCAGCCACUGAAGCUUUACAAUUUGAUGGUAAAAAGUUUGAAAAUCGUACUAUCAACAUCAAACCAUCUAAGAAACUCAAUACUGAUGUUGAUCUUAGAUCCUUUGAUGAAGAGAAGUCUGUGGUGGUGGUAGGAAUCGAUAAUACAACUACUAAGGAACAGAUCCAAUUAUUCAUUAAAGAAAAAGUCACUUUGCCUGAAAAGAUAUUACAAUUUCCUGACCACCAAGCAGUUAUAGUUCAAUUCAGUAGUAUUGCAGAUAGUGGAAAAGCAUCAUUAAAGCUUGAAACUGAGAGUUUCAAAGGUAAAAAGUUAGAAAUCAUCACCAAAAGACAACUUCAAAGCAAAAUCCAAAAUAAAACCCAACCAAAAGUUAAAGGAUACUUCAUACCACCAUCAAUUCGUAGAAAGCGUUAG